AUGACCAUGAAGGAAACAAUGUACAAGGUCUUAAAUCAAUUCCGUAAUGAAUCGAAACACAUAAAGAUAAAGAUGUCUUUCUUUGGAAAGUCAAAAUCAAAAGGUGGCAAAUCAAGCAGUAAUAGUAAUGGUAAUAGUGGUAGUAACAGUUGUAGCAGUAAAGAUCCAUGGAUUCAAAGCACAAUAAAUUCUCUUACGGAAAUGGGGGAAAGGCUUAGCCAGAUUGAGAUCGUUGAGACGGAGACUCCUAAUGCUUUUGUAUAUACACUCAAUUUUCCAAAUGUUCGGCGUAACGAUUGGAAUGUAUUUACAACUACUAUAAGCCAAAUUAACCUCCUUGAAAUAUAUGGAAAGCAAACAGGCACAAAAGAGUCAGGGUCGUUCAAUAGAUUUUGGAUGUUGCCUCGUAAUGUGAAAAGAAAUAAUAUGCAAGUGAAGAAAGAGGAUGGUAUGGUCACUGUUACCUUCCCUAAGUGA